GGGAGCCCUAUGGUGGGGCCGGGAGGCGGUCACGUGGGGCGGGGACGUGUCCUUCGGAGGCGGGGCCCGACCUGCCCAGCCUGCCUUAAAAGCGGGCGGCGAGCGAGGAAGCGCCUCAGUCAGAGCGAGAAAGUGCCGGGGGUGGCGGGGCUGCGGCUGCUCCGCCUGAAACUUCUGACCGCCCGGCCGCCGGCCCCUCCGCACUAUGCCCAUCUUACUCUUCCUGAUAGACACGUCCGCCUCCAUGAACCAGCGCACCCAUCUGGGCACCACCUAUCUGGACGUAGCCAAAGGCGCUGUAGAGACUUUCAUGAAGCUCCGAGCCCGGGACCCGGCCAGCAGAGGAGACAGGUACAUGCUGGUCACUUUCGAGGAGCCUCCCUACGCUAUCAAGGCUGGCUGGAAGGAAAACCAUGCAACGUUUAUGAAUGAACUGAAAAACCUUCAAGCUGAAGGACUUACGACUCUUGGCCAGUCCCUAAGGACAGCUUUUGAUUUAUUAAACUUAAAUAGAUUAGUAACUGGCAUAGACAACUAUGGGCAGGGACGAAACCCUUUUUUUCUGGAGCCAGCAAUAAUUAUAACAGUUACUGAUGGAAGUAAAUUAACUACUACCAGUGGGAUACAGGAAGAGCUCCAUUUACCUCUCAAUUCCCCUCUACCUGGGAGCGAGUUGACUAAGGAACCCUUCCGAUGGGAUCAGAGGUUAUUUGCUUUGGUUCUCCGUUUACCUGGUAUCACAGCACCGGAAUGCGAGCAGAUGACGGGGGUACCCGUGGAUGACUCUGCAAUCACACCCAUGUGUGAAGUCACAGGAGGUCGAUCAUACUGUGUGUGCUCUCCAAGAAUGCUGAAUCAGUGUCUUGAGUCAUUGGUGCAAAAAGUGCAAAGUGGAGUGGUAAUAAACUUUGAAAAAGCUGGACCGGAUCCCUCACCAAUUGAUGAUGGGCAGGUGGAUAUAUCCAGACCUUUUGGACCCCAACCUUGGCACAGCUGUCACAAACUUAUUUAUGUUAGACCAAACCCUAAAACUGGGGUUCCAAUUGGUCAUUGGCCUGUUCCUGAAUCUUUUUGGCCAGAUCAGAAUUCUCCAACGCUGCCACCUCGCACAUCUCAUCCUGUGGUGAAAUUUUCCUGUACUGACUGUGAACCGAUGGUCAUUGACAAACUGCCUUUUGAUAAAUACGAGUUAGAACCUUCACCACUGACCCAGUUUAUCCUGGAAAGAAAAUCCCCUCAGACCUGCUGGCAGGUAUAUGUGAGCAAUAGUGCAAAAUACAGUGAACUUGGUCACCCUUUUGGUUACUUGAAAGCUAGUACAGCGCUGAAUUGUGUGAAUUUAUUUGUGAUGCCUUACAAUUAUCCAGUCCUCCUUCCACUGCUAGAUGACUUGUUCAAAGUGCACAAGGCAAAGCCUACACUGAAAUGGCGACAGUCAUUUGAAAGCUAUUUGAAGACAAUGCCUCCUUAUUAUCUUGGGCCUUUGAAGAAAGCUGUGAGAAUGAUGGGAGCACCAAACCUUAUAGCUGACAAUGUGGAAUAUGGACUUAGUUACAGUGUCAUUUCAUAUCUCAAAAAGUUGAGUCAGCAGGCCAAAAUAGAGUCCGAUAGAGUCAUUGGCUCUGUAGGCAAAAAGGUAGCGCAAGAGACUGGAAUUAAGGUCAGAAGCAGAUCACACAACCUGUCUAUGGCACAUAGGAACGAUUUUCAACAUCUGCUACAGGGGAUUACUGGGGAAAUUCCUCAUAGACCUCUAGACCUCAAUAUGAAGGAGUAUGCUGGGUUCCAAAUAGCUUUGCUGAAUAAGGAUUUGAAACCUCAAACUUUUAGAAAUGCUUAUGACAUACCCAGAAGAAAUCUUUUGGAUCAGUUAACACGAAUGAGAUCUAAUUUACUGAAGAGUACUCGCAAGUUCCUCAAAGGACAAGAUGAAGAUCAAGUUCACAGCGUACCUAUAGCACAAAUGGGAAACUACCAGGAGUAUCUAAAACAAAUACCUUCUCCCCUCCGAGAGAUUGAUCCUGAUCAACCACGAAGGCUUCAUACAUUUGGCAAUCCAUUCAAGCUGGACAAAAAGGGAAUGAUGAUAGACGAAGCGGAUGAAUUUGUAUCAGGACCUCAGAAUAAACAUAAAAGACCUGGAGAACCAAAUAUGCAAGGGAUUCCGAAAAGACGACGUUGCAUGUCCCCCCUGCUCCGAGGCCGACCACAAACUCCUCCGGUUGUGAAUAACCACAUUGGAGGAAAAGGGCCACCGACACCCGUCACGCAAGCACAGCCUGACCUUGUUAAACCUAUUCCUAUUCACAAAACAUCAGAAACAAAUAACGAGGUUGCAAUGGAUGAUGUGGUUGAGAAUCAUGUUACAGACCCACUCUCAUCAGACAUUUUCCCAAAUUCUGUGGAUCCAGAGUUUUCAAUGUCCUCUUCUUCGUUCAAUUCGUUGGAUCGACCGGCAGCUCAUACAGAAGAUGUAGUCCAUGAACAUUUAGGGAAUAACUUGAAUGUUGAUGGGUUUUUGGAGAAUCAUGAGGAAUCAGGUAGUAAAGAACAAAGUACCGAUGAGAACUUGCCAAUGUCUUCACCCAGCAAAGGGAAAAAACCAGUGCAUUGCAGAAGUUCCCGAGAGGUGAAUAUAGAGCUAAGAGCACAAAUUAUGAAAGAGAUCCGAAAACCAGGAAGGAAAUAUGAAAGAAUCUUCUUUUUACUGAAGCAUGUACAAGGAAGCUUACAAACCCGACUGAUAUUUUUACAAAAUAUUAUCAAAGAAGCUUCAAGGUUUAAAAAACGAAUGCUGAUAGAACAGCUUGAGAGUUUUCUGGAAGAAAUCCACCGCAGAUCCAAUCAGGUCAACCAUAUCAACAGCAGCUAAGAAACCCUGCACACGAGAGAAGCCACAGCAGGGCACUGCUGCCCCUACUUGCGUUCAUUUUUGACGUGCACUCUUAUCUCAAGUUCCUGUACCUGAAAGAAUGAGAAGCUGCUCUACGAAAUGAUGAGAAAAGUAUCCAUCAUCAUUUUUUUUUUUCUUCUGUUAUUUUUGUAAUGUGAAAAAUAUUACAAAAACAUUUUUAUUUAACUAAAUGGAGAACUUCUUGCUUGCCAUGGACUUAAGCAUCACUUUCCCUCAGGUUCUAUUUUUCUUAAUCCAACCUUCAAAACUAUCACCUCUUAAGGUUGAACUUUGCCAAAAAGUUACUUUGUAGUUUUGAAAAAUAAAAAAAAAAAAAAAGCACAUACAUUAAACAAGGUAAUGUUUUGUAUAUACAGUUAUUUUGGAUAUAUUAUUGUAAGUUGUAUAAAUGUAUUUUGAAAAAAUAUUUAAGAAAAGCACUUUUGUUAUUCCAUCAAUAAAAGCUCUAUUUUAAUCUUUGUGUAGGAUCGAGUACAGUCUUCAUUGGAAUUUUGCCUUCCCUUUCCAGGGCUUUAUAUGUUCUGGUAUCAGCGUUAAAGAAUGAAGAGCAGUUUUGUGUCGCCGGGUGUUCUGUUCUUAAUCAGAAGAGGCGUGAGUGGAAGCUCGUGCUGAAUCACAGCCGUGGGAGGAGGGUACCACAGCCUGGUGUGCUUGGCUUGUCGCUUGGAGUGGCCUGGCAGACAAACCCCACGGUGUUAGGAGGGUGGGUGGGUGGUCACAAAGCAGGGGCCAGCAGCCUUACAGGACCUGCUGCACAGAGUUUUUCUGUGUCGGAAGUUUUUACGUGUUUACAGGUGUGGGAACAGGCAGGUGGGGCUUCUGCUCGGACACAAGAUGUGACUCGGCAGCAGUCAAGCUGACUUCAGCCGUGGCGAAACUGAGCAGAAGCGGUUGGCCCAUAUUCUUAAACAUUUACAUGGCAAAACCUGUUCGGUUUUUCCUCAAACGUUUAUGUGCUUACUCUCUUUGCUGUAGUUGUGGUGCUAAGGAUUCCUGGAGAGCUGUUAGGUUUCCAACAGUGUAUGUAAGGUAUAAAAGUAGUGGAGAGCCUCCUUACUCUUAUUUUUGCAAAACUGAUAUUGUUUAAAACAA